CGUGCCAAAACCCUGGCGCAUGCGCGGGGCUGUCCCAUUGACUUCCCGUGUUAGCAUGCGAUGCUGUCAAGUACUGUCCGGACAGACGGCGGCGACGGAUCGCAGGUGCACAGUAAGAGACUGUCAGAGUUGAUCCUGAGCAGAGCCGAAAUGGCUUCCCGACGGAUGACACGGGAGACUUUUGAUGCUGUCAUGGCGGCCAAGGCAAAACGGUACCGUCUGGACCGAAGCGACCCCAUCGAUGAGGCCCUCCAUCAGCUGAGAGUUCAGUCGCGGCCAGUCGUACGCACACGCUAUGAUGAUGACUUUGCGGAUGAUACCGAGGGCCCACGUAGUGACUGGAGAGAAGACCCCCAAGAGGACUUUUCACUGCCGACCUAUAGAUCUAGCAGCCCUGUCGCAGAGGAAGAUGACUACUACACCAAAAGCUACAGUCACACCCUUCCACGGAACCGAGAGUACGCCCCUACAACUUCCCAGGAGCGAGACUAUGGCCAUUCGUCUUCCUUGGAUCGGGAUUAUGAGGGACCAUCUAACCGGGAUCGUGAGUACGACCGCCCAGCAACUCGGAAACGGGAAUACGACCAAGUAUCUCCUCGGAAGACCUCUAGGCUCUACAAUAUUGACUACGGUUCUUCAGAGCUGCUGAGUGAUUUUAGAUCUCUGGGGCAUUUGGAAGAGGAUUUCAGCACCGUACGCAGUCAGAGUAGUGACUUGGAAUACGGAUUUGAGCUCGAGACAGAAUUCAGUUCAUCUUUGCGUGGCGGCAGAGGGAGGGGGAAACGGGGCAUGGCCACUCGAGGCAUGGCUAAAAACAAAGCGAACAUGGCUGGUACCAUCAAGAAAUGGGAGAAUAAAAGGCUGCUAACAGAUGAUCAAUGGAAGGUCAUCCUGAUGCGCCCAAGCGAGAAUGAUGCCUUCAAUAAGCCCCAACAACGGAGACCAAAUUUGGCCCUCGAGGAGGGCUCGUCCGGUAACCUAGAUUACAACGAUGCAUACGGAUCGGAGGCAAUUUGAACUGACCAGCAGUUCGACAUCUUCGACUUCGGCGUCGAAAUAAUCAAAAUUAAGGCUGGGUUCCUACCAGAUCAAGAAAAAAAGACCCGGAAUAUUGAGACUGCGGGUGCUCUUCUGCUGGAAGCGGAGGCGUCUUGUAGUGCUGCGUCCUUCAAGUGCUCCUAGGCUUCGAGCACGAGACUUCUGCUUCUCCGUGCGUCAAGCCCGCUUACGCAUGCGGUAGCGAAAACAAAGGUGGACAACGAGUUCCUGAACCUGCUUCUGGAGAAGAAGGCGGUGGUGACCAAGAACUGCUUCUUCAAGGUCAUCAAACCUUUUGACCAAUACAUGAUGUGGCUGCAGGACCGCCUCCUGAAAAGCAGCACCCCCCUCCUGAUGGCCUGCAAUGCUCACGAGCUGAGCAUCAAGACCGACAGCCUCAGCGACCGGGUGCAGAUGGCCGCCACCUUUGAGACCACCAUUUCCCUUUGCCGCAAGUCCCUGGCGCUCUUGGGGCAGACCUUUGCCCUGGCGUCCGCGUACCGGCAGGAGAAAAUCCUGGAGGCGAUUGGCAUCCAGGAAUCGGCUCCCCCGCCCACCAUGUACCCCAAUUUCGACACCUCGGCCUUGUUUGGGAGAGAAUACAUUGAGGUUUUGCAGAACUGGCUGGAGAAGAGCGGUUGCCCGCUUGUGUUGAAGAAAGAGGCUCCGGAGUCAUCUGCUCCGGAGUCAUCCGCUCCAAACCAGAGGCCUAAAAUUAAGGUCCUGGAGCGUGCUGACCGAAAAAUUGCCGAUACUAUUGAAAAGCUGGUGAACCUCAUGAUUUCUGGCUCAUUGAAGGGCAAAGAGAAAGCCAAGUUGAACAGCGACCCCAAAUACUGGUUUUUGCUCGACAAAGAGAGCCUGGAGUACAAAUAUUACAAGCUGAAGCUGGCAGAAAUGGAGCGGCUGAUGGCCACGCCCAAGGAGGAGCCGAAGGAGAAGAAGACCCCUGAGGAGCGUGCCUCGGAAUCGGUGAGGGCGAUGUUGUACGCAAGGAAAGUCGCCAGCAUCAAGAGGAGGCUUUUCCGGAGGAAGCGGCCUGGGAUCCUGCAGCUGGCGGCCAGAGCCAGGAGAGUCAAGAAAGCAACGGUCGGGACCCAGACGCUCCUGUCAGCCGGAACGAUGCUCAAGCAGCAGCACAGCCAGGGCUCUGCCGCAUCCAUGGAGGGGAGCACCUCCUUGGACCAAGCCAGCCCUGCUGCCUGUAGCAAUGACCCCGAAGAGCCGCAGUCCGCGGGGGAAGUACCGGUUGCUGGGCCCUGCAUGGAAGCUCCAGAACCCGCCCCGUCCGUGGAAAGCCAGUUCACUGAUGUGGACAUAAAAACUAUGGCGACGGCGGGGAAGCUGGCCAAGUUCGUAGCCCAAGUUGGGCCAGAGAUCGAGCAAUUCAGCAUUGAUAACAGUGCUGACAACCCAGAUCUUUGGUUCUUGCAGGAUCGAGAGAGUCUGGCCUUCAAGUACUAUCGUGCAAAAGUCUAUGAGCUGUGCCCUUCCAUCAGCUUCAGUUCUGUGGAAGGGUCUGCUGACCCCAGCCAAAGCCCGAAAUUUCUGGAGGGCGACGAGAGAGAUGAGGAGGAGCAGGAGGACGAAGAAGCUGAGUCGGAGGAAGAGGCCUCUCAGAUGGAAACGGAAAGAGAGGGCGGGGAGGAGGCGGAAGGUGCCGGAAAAACAGAGGAGCCAAGCGCAGCGGAGGAAGGGCAGGCAUCCUCAGAAGGUGCCGCUCUAAAAUCAGGCAGCCAGGCAUCUUCCAGUGCCCCUCCUCAGCGCAAGAGAAUCAGUAGCAAGUCCUUGAAAGUGGGCAUGCUCCCAGCCCAGAAGAGGGUCUGCCACGUUGAAGAGCCACAAGUCCACGAACCGGUCCGGAUUGCUUACGACCGACCGCGGGGCUAUACGUCUUACAAGAGGAAAAAGGUCAAGGAUACGGAGUUCUCGCAGAAGAAGCUGACGGGGAAGAAUAUCGGGUUCCAGAUGCUCAAGAAGAUGGGCUGGCAGGAGGGGUAUGGCCUCGGGUCGCACGGCGAUGGGAUCAGGGAGCCUAUCAAAGUGGGCUCUACCUCUUCAGGGGAGGGCUUGGGUGUUGCUGGGGAGAAGAAGGAAGACACAUUUGACACCUUCCGCCGGAGAAUGAUAAACAUGUACAAUCAGAGGAGAGGCUGUAAAUAGUUUCCCAGGCAUUCUGUCACGAAGACCACAAGCUUCCAGGAAUGUGUUUUAAACUUCUGUUAGUAGGAGGUCCUUAUCCCCUCUCAGAAUCUUUUGGUUUGGAAUGUCCCCUUUUUAGCGCUUCUUUGGUAAGAUUUUCUCCCCCUUCCUGUGGCGUUGAACAGUGUUGGACGAGUAAUUAGAAGGCCUGUUAAGUGACACCCGAUGUUUCUUGCUUUAAAAAAUGUUGAACUGCAUGUAAUUCUUUUUCAAAAGACUUGACAAUAAACGUGGACAAAAAUGGAAGCUUA